AUGGACCUUCUUUUAUCCUCCUCCCCAUCGACAAUUACAACAAUCACUGCUUGUGAAAUUGGUCACAACAAUAAUGAUGAUGAACUCUUUCAUACCUUGUUGGAAGCAGGAAUGAAACGAAAACCUUUAGAACCAAGUUUCUAUGAGGAAGAUGAUUUUGAAAAGGAAAGGGUCCAUGGUUCGAACGAUGUCGGUGUUGUUGUUGUUGUUAAUCCUACGACGAAUGAAGAAGACUCUCCUUCACCCAUUCGAUGGAUGCCUCUCACUCUUCUUCUCUCUGAUUGGAAUCCUAAAAAGGAAAUUGAAAAACAAGAAGAAGGGGAUAGGAAGAAGAAGGAAUGGAAUUUUGGUAUUCUUCCUCAUGUUCCAUCCAGUGUUGUUUCAGAUCACUCCCAACAACAAGAUGAGUAUUUGAUUGUGGAUUCAUUCAUUCCAUUGGAUUGUGGAAUUGAGGAAACAAAUAACAGACAAGAGAAGCAAUUAUUUGUUCCAACAAGAGUCAAGACGAUGAAGAAUCGACCACUCAUCAUGAAUAACAAGGGAUCAUCACUGAUUCAGAAACCUAAAAAGAUGUUGCGAUCAUUGGAAAUUCCAAAGAAAUCCUUUCUACGACUUGAUGUUCGAAAAUAA